AUGACGUCCUCUGUGUUCUUCAAGUUCAAGUCCCAGAAGGAACCGUCGCGUGUUGAAUUUGAUGGUACCGGAAUAUCGGUUUUCGAACUCAAGCGUGACAUUAUUGUAAAGAGUGGCUUGGGUGAUGGCACCGAUUUUGACCUGGCCAUCUACUCCGAAGAUGGUAGUGAAGAAUAUGACGAUGAUACUACCAUCAUUCCACGCUCUACAACUGUGAUUGCACGACGACUACCCCCCCAGAAGCCGGGCGCCGGCCGCGCUGCGCGCUAUGUUUCGGGCAAGAUGCCAGCAAGCGCUAAGAAUUCCUCCCGCCGUGAAAACGCGACAAAGGCUGCGAAACCCGCGUCUACCGCUCUUGCGCAGAUGAGCGCCGCCAUGACCGAAGAAGAAAAGAUGAUGGCAAUGUUCCAAGCUCAAUCGGAGCAGUGGAGUGUCCAGCAGGAGGAGAUGGCACAUCAAACUGCGGUUUUCAAGCCAGGUUCAAAAAAGCCAGUCAACGUUCCAGACCAUGACCCCCCUAAUGGUUACAUCUGCUAUCGAUGCGGACAGAAAGGACACUGGAUCCAAGUCUGUCCUACGAACGACAAUCCUGAAUUCGACAACCGCCCUCGUGUCAAGCGUACGACAGGAAUCCCUCGCUCUUUCUUGAAAACAGUGGACAAAUCAGCACUGCAGCAGACUGGCACGGACGGCGAGGAAGUCAAGCCGCCAACUGGUGUCAUGGUCAAUGCGGAUGGAGAAUUUGUAGUUGCAGAGCCUGAUAAGGCUGCAUGGGACAAGUACCAAGCCAAGACUAAAUCUUCGGCAGCUGCUCAGAAGGCAGCAUCUGCCGAGGAUAAGGAACUUGAGGAGAAGGGACUGUUGUGCUCCAUCGACAAAAGGAUGUUCAUAGAUCCAAUGAAGACCCCAUGCUGUGCGAAGACGUAUUGCAAUGAUUGCAUCACCAAUGCUCUCAUUGAGAGCGACUUCAUUUGCCCUGGUUGCCAAACAGAUGGAGUGCUAAUUGAUGACCUCAAACCAGACGAUGAGAUGUCUACUAAGACUCAAAACUAUGCCAAAGAAAAGGAAUCGAUCAAGGCCAAGGACCGAUCGAAGAGUCCCCCCCCAGUGAAGUCACCAUUUCAAACAUCUUCUAACAAGGCAGAUACUCCACCCGCAGACCUACCUAACGGCCAGGCAGUCGUUCCUGAGAAGACCAAAUCCAAAUCACCCACUGUAUCUUCCACGGCGACCAAGUCUCUACCUACUAACGGAGCAAAGAAGUCAUCCACCCCUGCCCCCUCAUCAGGUUCUACUAGUGAUACCCCCAAGCUAUCGGAAACAACUUCCAACAAGCGACCAGCCGAGGAUUUGCUGGAAAACCCGAAGAUCCCGAAAGGGCCCAAGGCUAUGCAACAAGCACAAGGAUCCAAGGAUAUGCAAAACAUGAUGCAACCUGGCAUGCCUGGCUUGCCGGGCAUGAUGCCAAACAUGAUGCAAUUUCCUAUGAACUCUAUGAAUGGCUUUAACCCACCUAACAUGAACAUGGCUAUGAUGAUGGGUAUGAACGGAAUGAACCCGAUGAUGAACCCGAUGAUGGGCAUGAAUGGGAUGUUCAACCCGGCCUCCUUCCAAGGCAUGAAUGGUAACGGCAUGUUCAACGGUAGCUUUGGGGGCAUGAGCGGCGCUGGCAUGGGUAACAUGAACGGCAUGGGUAUGAAUGGCGCCUUCAAUAACCAGAAUCAGAAUCCAAUUCAAAAUCAAAAUCAGCACCAACACCCACCCAGACCUAACUUCACAACACCUAACAAUGAUAAUGAUGCUUACUUCCGCAAGCCUGUCAAUCCUGGACGACACCAGAACCGACAACGCAGGGUUCGACCCAGCGAUUAUCGGGAGCUAUGA